CUUCACCUCUUGGUUUCACAUCGGGCGGUUACCAAGUACUGACCGUAAGCCGCGGGUGGUUCCGACUUUCCUCCUCCUCCAAAAUCAGGCACGUCCUUGAAUGACUCUGGCUGUUAAUAGGACGUUAAGCAAAAUAAAAUAAACCGACCCAAACUAAACCAAAUAGUACCAAAAUAAUAUUGCCAAAAGAGAGAAGUGUAAAUGUUUUUUUCUUAUUGGAACAUCUGUACCCAAAAUUGAUUUGAUUACCACAAAGACAUAUACACAGGAAUAAUAACAUAUAUAUAAGUCUCUAGCAUGACUAUGUGUAUAAAUGUUUUAGAUAUAUAUCAAGGAAGUUGGUCACAAAUGUUGAUUUCCCAUAGACUAUCUACAGCACAUUUCCGGCGAUUGAUACUGUCAGAUGAUGAAAGGAAAACACGCAUUUUAAAGUUAACUUUGCAAACAGACAGCGAACUGUUAGUUAUUACCUAGAAGAGGUUACCAAGGAAGUUGAGUCAUGCCGAAAAACAAAGGAAAAGGAGGAAAAAACAGGAGGAGGGGUAAAAAUGAUAACGAAAAUGAAAAGAGAGAGUUGGUUUUCAGAGAAGAUGGACAAGAAUAUGCACAAGUUAUAAAGAUGUUGGGCAAUGGACGGUUAGAUGCUCUCUGCUUUGAUGGAGUGAAGAGGAUGUGUCAUAUUCGGGGAAAGCUGAGGAAAAAGGUGUGGAUAAAUACUGGUGACAUCAUCUUACUUGGACUAAGGGAUUACCAAGACAACAAGGCUGAUGUCAUACAAAAAUACACACCAGAUGAGGCUAGAAAUCUGAAGACAUAUGGAGAACUUCCGGAAUCUGCAAAGCUCAGCGACAACCUCUUUGAUGAAGAUAAUCAAGAUGAAAUUGAGUUCCAGAAUGACUACGAUGGAGGCCAUGAUCAUAUUGAUAAUGAAAUUAAUAUGUCGGAAAAUAUGGCUGAGUGUCCUGCUGUAUGUAUAAGAAGAAAAGAUUGUACGAAAGACACAGAGGAUAUUAGCACUGAAAGAAGGAUUGAAGCAGCACCUCUUGUGUCCACUGCUGAAUGUAUAAGAAGAAAACAUUGUACGAAAGACGCAGAGGAUAUUAGCACUGAAAGAAGGAUUGAAGCAGCACCUCUUGUGUCCACUGCUGAAUGUAUAAGAAGAAAACAUUGUACAAAAGACACAUAGGAUAUUAGCACUGAAAGAAGGAUUGAAGCAGCACCUCUUGUGUGGUACUCAUUUGAUUCUAAUUGAAAUGAGCAAUGUAAAACGCAGAUCUCAUUUAACUAAAAACUGAAUCUAAGAUAUCAAAUGUUUGGUAGAUAGAACAGUUAUAUGAUAAAUAACUUCUGAAGUAUGAUUAAUAUGCUGGUGUGCUUGUCUUGGAUACCAGAGCACGUGGUGUCACUCGAAACGUCUGGUAAAUGGAAAGAGAUAUUCCGAAAGGAGCGGUGUAUCGAGAUUAACGUAAAUAUGUCAAAAUGAACGAGAGCAUAUCAAAAUUAGUAUAUCUAAAAGUAAAAGUCUUGUGUUGUUACCGAUUUUGUUCCCCCAUUAGUGUUAACUUGUUUGGCAAUGGUCGAGUAUUCAUACAUCAUAUGAAUGACAUCAUAUGACAGACAUCAUAGUCUACGUGUUUUAUGAAAAGUGUCUUAUAUAUUAAAGUUUGUUUACAAACACAUUUUUACUCGCGUCACCAAUACAUAGCUUGGGCUCCGCCCACAUUCCCAUGUUUGGUAUUGCAUACAGGUCAGCGGUUAAAGAUCAACCAUGAUUGGUCAUUAAGUGCCCACAUCUUCAUCAGAAAAAAAUUUCACUGACGCCAUCUUUAAAAAAAAUGAUUUGUACAAUUGUGUUUAAAAUGAACAAGAGUGACUGUUUUUGAAAACGAAAACCUCCCUCCCUCCCUCCCUCCCAUCUAAGCAAUUGAUAUAUAUUUUCAAAUAUAAUGUUAUACUUAGCGGCUCAUCUCUGCCUUUUUAUGUGUAUUUUUGUGUUUUGAUGGGCGUAAUUUUGCCGCUCACCUUUGCUUUUUAUACGUGUAUUUAUGUUUUUAUGUUCAUUUUAAUAAAAUAAUACUAAAGGCCUCCAACAGAGGUGAGCCCAAAUAUUUUUGCCAUGAUUCUGUAUAUAAAGCAAAGCUCUCAGCAUUUAUUGUUUUUCUGUAUUAUAUAUAUAAAAAAGGAGUGGAAUAAGUCUUUCCUUGUCAUGGGACACAGAGCAAAAAAAAGAUUUUUUUCACUUUGAGUGUAUGGUAUGUAUGAAGAGUGAGAGCCCUCCUGUAUGAAGACAUGAUUUGUAAGUAUGAAUGCGACCACAGGGACCUAACAUUGACAGCCUUUCAAUGUGUAUAUAUGUGUAUGUCUUUUUGGAAUAAAAUGUAUGUUUUUGUUAAAAACAAAUAUCCAUGGCUAAUAAUCCUGCGAAGACCUACCGAUUGAAGAGUUUAAAUUGCUCGCCAAGAUCGGAUGUGCUGUGUCAUUUUCCCGGUACAUAGCAAAACUUUAUCAGAAUGAAUGGGUUUGCCCCUC